AGAGAUCAUGACCUGAGCCAAAGGCACACGCCUAACCAACUGAGCCACCCAGGUGUCCCCCAUAUGUGGAUUCUUCUUGAGAGAGAAAUUACUUUUUUCUGCUCUAGCUCUGGUAUCUCCCAGAUUCAGCUUGGAGCUUCACAGUUCCUGUGUACUUGUAUCCCUUUUGCUGAUCUGAGGUGCAUAGUCUCCCUGGGAAGACAGGAUCUCAGCACAGGAAGUAUUUGACUCUGGGGACCUGCAGGCUAGUAACGCACUAUAAUACCCAAGAAUGAUGUCAUAAAGCGUGAGUUCCUUUUGUGGGCCCUGGUCUGUGGCCUCUUGGAAUCUAGAUGCCAAGGAAAUCCCUAAACAGAGAUUUUCUGUUUGGAUGAUCAGAGCAAGGAAUAAAGAUUGGGAAUUUGGAUAAUGUCUCAACAGUUUCAUUACCAGAAUGAUACAAGAGUCAUUUCGAGCUGGCUGUUGGAUAAUUCUUCAGCAGAGUUCUGUGCGAGAUUCAGGAAAUUUCAGAGGAGAGAUACUCAGUGCCAGGCAUUUGUGAAGAGAGUCAUAAUGAGUCGUCUCUUUAAGAUAAUUAUGAUUAGCACCGUCUCCCUGAAUGCCUUUUUUGUGGUCUUGUGGACUGAUUAUAAUACAAAAUACAACUUGUUCAGACUUUUUGAGGUCUCCGAGCUGAUCUUUGUGUCCAUCUAUAGCUCCGAGUUCUGCAUGAAGCUCUAUGUGGACCCCAUCAACUACUGGAAGGACGGCUACAACCUGCUGGAUGUCAUCAUUAUCGUCACUAUCUUCAUCCCCUACGGGCUGCACAGAUUCAAGGGCAAGCACUACCCCUACCUCAACAUUGCUGACGGCAUGCAGUCCCUGCGCAUCCUCAAGCUCAUCACCUACAGCCGUGGCAUCCGGACCCUCAUCACUGCCGUGGGGCAGACAGCCUACAUCGUGGCCUCCGUGCUCAUCCUGUUCUUCGUCCUCAUGUUCAUCUUCGCUAUCUUGGGCUUCUGCCUAUUUGGAACUCCAGACAGGGGUGACCUGAAUAACUGGGGGAACCUGGCUGUGGCCUUCUUCACUCUCUUCAGCUUGGCCACGGUCGAUGGCUGGACAGACCUGCAGGAGCAGUUGGACAAUCGCAACUUGGCUCUCAGCCGGACGUUCACCAUCAUCUUCAUCUUGCUUGCCACCUUCAUCUUCCUCAGUAUGUUCGUGGGUGUGAUGAUCAUUCACACUGAGGCCUCCUUUAAGAAGUUCAAGCUGGACCUGAUGGCCGAGAGGCACAUGGCGCUCAUGGGAGAGAAGCAGGUGAUUCUGAGGCGGCAGCAGGAAGAGGUCAGCAGGCUGAUGCAGAUGCAGAAAAAUGCUGACUACAAAAGUUUCAGUGAGCUCGUGGAGAACUUCAAGAGGACCCUGCAGCACACUGACCCCAUGGUCCUGGAUGAUUUCGGCACCAGCCUGCCCUUCAUCGAUGUCUACUUGUCCACUCUGGACAACCAGGACGCUACGAUCUACAAGCUUCAGGAGCUGUACUACGAGAUCGCACACGUAUUGAGCCUGAUGCUCGAAGACUUGCCGCAGAAGAAACGGUCCCAGACCUCCGAAAACUCUGAAGAGACAUAGGGGACGUGGGCAUCGAGACACCAAGGGGUCUUACAGGCUGUGACAGGCCCUCGUUCAACAAAGGCUUUUUGAACUGCCCUCUCUGAGUUGCUUAAGCUCAUGGUACUGCCCUGCCGCAGGGGGUUGGGUCCCGGUAGGCGCCCAUAAAGUCCAAUUGCCCGGUCUGCUCCCCCCUCGGCCUGGGGGGGUGGGGAGAGGAUGCUCAGGACUUGCCCUUGGCCAGACAGCUCAUCCAGGGGCCACACUGCCUCUCUCCUCUCUUGACCUCAGCAGCAAGGACUCAUUGGGCUCCUGGGAAAGCCAUCGGAGGACCCCAGACCAAGAAGGGCCUCCAGUAGCCCCCUA